UAAAAGGCUAUGUUGUCGCUAACCGCCAGCAGUGCGCCAACACAGCUCAACAAUACGGUCGUCAGUAUGUCGCACUCUGUUCUUAUCGGUUUAACACUGCUCGCAAUCUCCCAUACGUCUCUAGCUGGUUACACCAAAUUCCCCGAUGGAUUCACAUUCGGAGUGGCAACAGCCGCACACCAGAUCGAAGGCGCCUGGAAUGUUAGUGGCAAAUCCGAAAAUGUCUGGGACCGUCUCUCCCACUCUCGGCCGGAAAUGAUCGCAGAUGGCACCAACGGUGAUAUCGCUUGUGAUUCCUAUAAUCGCUACCUGGAGGACGUGGAGGAACUUGCGUAUUUAGGGGUGGACUUCUACCGUUUUUCCUUUUCCUGGGCGCGUAUCCUGCCCAGCGGUCGCGUGGACUUUGUCAACCCUGAUGGAAUCCGCUAUUACCACAGUUUACUUGAUGCCUUGGCUGAGAAAAAUAUCGAACCUCUGGUCACACUCUUCCAUUGGGACUUACCGCAAACUCUUCAAGAUUUAGGAGGAUGGGCUAACCCAAAAAUGGUAGAUUAUUUCCGCGACUACGCCGACCUAUGUUUCAAAGAAUUCGGAGGAAAAAUCAAAUCUUGGAUCACAUUUAACGAACCAUACGAAAUUUGCGAGGAUGCAUAUGGUGAUGAGAAGAAAGCACCAGCUAUUGACAGUCACGGCGUUGGAAACUAUUUGUGCAGCGAUACCCUUCUAAAAGCGCAUGCUGAAGCUUACCAUCUUUAUAAUGAUACCUACCGACCUAUCCAAAAUGGAAGGAUUAUGAUUUCAAUCAACUCCAUUUGGUAUGAGCCUAGCGACCCUAAUGAUGCUGAGCAAGUGACACUGGCAGAAGUUGCCAAUCAAUUCAAGUUCGGUUGGUUUGCACACCCAAUCUUCACCGAAGAAGGUGGUUACCCUGCUGUCAUGGUUGAGAACGUAGCACAACAGAGUGCCGCUGAAGGCCUACCAAAAUCCCGACUGGAACAAUUCGACGGAUACUGGAUCCAGCGGAUCAAGGGCACGUCUGAUUUCCUGGGCAUCAACCACUACACUACCCAUUUAAUAACUGGGGCCGGUGUAGAUUCUACAGCUAAAUCACCAUCUUGGCUUAAGGACAUCGGAGCCGUCACUACAAUGAACGUUGGUGGUGAUUCAGCUUCAGAAUGGCUGAGGGUAGUACCAACUGGGUUCGCCAAUUUCCUGCGCUGGUGUAAGAGCUCUUAUAACGAUCCGCCUAUUUAUAUCACAGAGAAUGGCUUCUCUGAUCGUGGUACUUUACAAGACUACGGACGUAUCAGUUAUUUCAACGAUUAUCUUAGCGAAAUCCUCAACGUAAUUUAUGAGGACAAUGUAAGGGUACUGGGCUAUACAGCAUGGACGCUAAUGGACAACUUCGAGUGGCGAGCAGGCUUCUCCGAACGUUUCGGCUUCUAUUACGUGGAUAUUACACAGUCAGACAGGCCCAGGACACCCAAGUUAUCAGCAGAAUACUAUCGACAGCUGCUGGCCACACGUGAGCUACCGCAAGACGACCGAUUCAAAGAUCCAGCGGUGAGGCGUCUAUGAAGCAUGGCAUGACACUAGCCUUGUAUAUAAUUCAGCUGAUAUGCAAGAUUAAUAAAAUCUAAUAACACUAAAAAUAAAUAAUCUUAUUAUUAAAUUUCUUUUCUUUCAACAGAAAUUACGUAACGAACUUUGAACGAGUGUGUUUAGAAGAAAGUGAAAUCAUUUAAGGUAUUAAAACAAAUAUUUAUUUCAUUCAUUUAUGAUAUUGAAUUAUUUACAAUGAAAUUAUAAUAAAAUUGUUGCUCUCGGCAUUUCAUGAAUUUCAUUGUUACAUUAAUACACAUCAUACAUUUUACACUACAGAGAAAACUUGCAUCUACUAUCAGACUGACAAGAUAUGUUUGUAAAUUAUACAGACUAUCCUUAAGAAAUAAACUAUUUAUUUUACACUUGAUAUAUUGUUCAGAAUAUUAUUCUGUCGUUAGCAGGCGAGAACGACGUCGCAAGACGUUUGACCCGCCCGGCAAACUGUAAGCAACAUGGAAUGUUUCUCAGUAUAUCGUACAGCAACAAUAAAAAAUGUUAUAAGGCAAAUAUUAACGAUAUAAAUUAUUCAAUUGUAAUCACUGACCAAAAUCCACUGACUAUUAAUGUCAAUAGCUUUAUUCCGCUCCACCGAGCUUCACGAAUAUAAAAGGAAAGGGAAGCGAUUUUAGAAUAAUGAACCGAACAAUAUGAGAAGCAUCCCACUUACGGAGUACAAAAAAUAGGUAUACGAAUACAAUAUAAAGUAUAACAAAUGGAUCUACAGAAUACAAUAUAAAAUGUACCAUAAACCCAGCACCUUUACCUCUUAAUUACAAUAGUUACACAGACUUAAAUGUGCUAUUAUAUUACUGAAGGUUACAUUAAAGUCUUAUAAGAAUAAGUAUUUUACUAAUAUGGCAAAGUUUUCUAUGUAGCAUUUUCAUAAGGUCUAAUUUCAAUAUUUUUAAAUCAAUCAAGCUAUUUGAUAUCAUCACUCAAUAAAAAAUCUAAAGACUAGGUGGGCUAAAUCAUAAUUUUGAGAAGAUCUGAUGUUUUGAUAAGUUGUGAUAUGUUACUCAUUACACUAUGAGUGUCGCAAAUACCUUGGAGUAAAUACAUUUGACAGCUAUCUAAAGUUGGCACCAAACUGACGUGGAACCCAUUAUUGCACAGGUUUACUCGCAGCCGCACCGUUUCAUGGCUACGACACAUCUGAUACAAAGCUACUAUACAUUUUAAUAAUAAUUCAUCAUAUUUUUCUAAUCUGGAUUGACUCUUUAAAGCAAUCACAUACAGUCAACACGCCGCUUACACUCUGGGCGAAUUAUUGUCUAUACUACGCGUAAGCCGGCCGCAAUCACACAAGCAAAAAUAAAACUCGCUCGCUACAGACGAUCAUCAAUACAGUACUUAACUACAAUUAUAGUUGCCAACAUAAUUAUCUAGUUCACGAGUAACGAUAAAACUUAACAUCUAUUAAUAAUCUCCAAAAAUACAUAGGACGGUGUAAGUCGACAAACAAGUAUAAUAAGUAGAUUAUAAAAUCGUAUCAAAUUUAAUACAUAAAAACUUUGACAAUAGAAGUGUAGAAAUAUUUUAACAUUCAUCUAAGUUACAAAACACAAUAAAUAUUCUUUAAAGGCACAAUAAGGCACUGUUAUGUUAAGAUGUUAUCACAAUCUUAAGUUUACCGAUAAUACAAUUAUUUAUUUAAAAUACACACACACAAAUAACGUGGCUAAACAUGUAGGACAGUACUACAACACGUAAUACUUAUUGGCGCUCCGUUAUUGUAUGUUUUUGUUUAGUCACACAGUCGUAUCAGCGAAUAUACAUCUAAUUACAUAACGAAAGGAUUUCCGACAGUCUCAAGAGCAAAGAAUAUGGGAAACCUAAAUCGAGCGAUUAGUUGUUUCAACACAACUUCUUUCGGCAAGGAAAGAAGGGUUGAAAACAGAAACCGUGGGGCAAAACCAACCGACCGUCAUCUCUAUUUUUGAAUCAUUCUCCUUAAAAUUUUUGUUAACCCUAUCAAAACCUAUUUACUCGAUUGAAAGUUAUGGACACUCAUUACUAA